AUGAAGCUUCUCUCCACUGCUCUCGCCGUCUUCGCGCUCCUCGCUGCUACAUCUGAGGCCUCGCCCAUGCUUCGCCAAGCUGCAGAGGGAAAGAAGUCGAAAACCCCAAAGCCGACCGCGGCACCGGAAGAACAGCAGGACCAGGGAUGCAACCUUACGGGCACGUACAAGAAGGGCACCGACAUCUCGUCGUGCAGCCACAUUACCGUCAACUCGUUGUCGGUGCCGGCGGGUGUCACUCUUGAUCUGAGCAAGGCCAAGAAGGGUGCCAUCAUUGAGUUCCUUGGCACUACUGUCUUUGGUACUCAAAAGUGGGUUGGUCCGCUUGUUCUGGUCGGCGGGACUGACCUGACAGUCAAAGGCACCGGUACUCUUGACGGUCAGGGAAUGUGGUAUUGGAAGCAGGGUCAGGCAAUUACUCGUCCCGUUUUCUUCCGCCUCCAGAACGUUUUGAGCUCCACGGUAUCUGAUUUUACCAUCAAGAACAUGCCCUUCCGUACCUUCAGUAUCGUCACCAGCAAGGAUACAACCCUCUCGGGCCUCACCAUUGACUCUAGAACCGGUAACGGUCUCGCUAAGAACACCGACGGCUUUGGGUUGACCAAGAACGACCACAUUACGAUCACCCGCAACAAAAUUUACAACCAGGACGACUGUCUCGCCAUGCAGUCCAGUACCAACACAGUCUUCAGCUAUAACUAUUGCUGCGGUAGCCACGGUAUCUCGGUUGGCUCUCUCGGUGGCAACAGCGUCGACCAGUCCACUACGGUUCAGGGUCUCACAGUCGAAGGAAACACAAUCGUAGAUAGCACCAACGGUCUUCGUAUCAAGACUAUCAUCGGUCUUAAGGGUCUCGUAUCGGACGUCAAGUACGUCGACAAUGAGCUCUCGAACGUCAAGAACGCCAUCGUCAUCCGCUCGGAUUACAGCAAGGCCAAGGGUGGAUACACUGGUGCCCCCACAAGUCAAGUGCAGAUCACUGGGGUCAAGGUUGCUGGCCUUACCGGCUCAGCUAGUAACCUGUAUGACAUCAAGACGAACCCCAAGGUCGUGUCGGACUGGACAUUCACGGAUAUUGAUGUGAGCGCUUCACUCAAGGGUACGCUCGCCGGAAUGCCAAACAACCUUGCCGUUUAA